AUGUUCUUCUACAAAGAGUUCACAUUCCCCCGUAACUCUGAUGUUUCCAAUGCACUUGACAGUCUUAGAGCCGAUGGCACUGCCAAACUCCUCGGAAAGAUCCAGACGUCACAUUUACAUCACAUCAUUGAAGCUUCUAGGAAUUCGACCAGCAAAUUGGGCAGCCUUGACGGAUCGGAUUUGGCUCGGCUGAAAUGGCUAGGAAGCUGCACUCAUACGGAGCUGCUGAUAUUACUACUUGAACCGACCAAGGAAUCCAACGCCACAAUUGUGUGGAUAGAUUCUUUCUUGCGUUCGGCGACUGGUGGUGUGUUCACUGCUGAGAAUACCGCCAUCUUCAAUUGCCGGGCACUUACUCCAAACGCCUCGUAUAACAGGAGAUAUGAGGAUAAGCAUGCGUUAGUACUGAUCGAGAUAUCUUCGCAGCCAGCGUCUGACUAUUUCUACAGGACUGGUCAAUACGGGUUGAGAGCUGUCACCAGAUCGAUCAAAGAGCUUGCUCCAGACGUUAUACUCGUGUGCCAAUGUAAUAUGGACCCUGGCGUGGCAACCCUGAUACCACAUCUAACUAGGCCAAUGAGCGAGGCUGGAAAGGCGCGUCUCGUCAAAAUCAAUGGGAAAGACUGCUCGGUCGUCAAUGCUUUCCAUCCCAGCGUCUUUGCUAAAAAUAUCACAUCUGGGAGUUUAGCAGGUGGAAAAGCAGUGAUGAAAGCAGCUCUGCUCGAGUUUUGCUUUUUACAAGCAGUGAAUCUGGCAUUGGGGACCGAAAUCGUGGGGUCGGGAAUAGAAGGACUCAGGCGGAUAGCGCUACAGUCCUUCGCCCUUGGCGAUUGA